AUGGGUUUCGACAAGGGGAUUGACGUCGUCAACGCAUUCCCAAAUGAAGUGAAGAACAAAAUAUUCCUCCUAACCGGACCAAACCCCGGUGAACUAGCUGCAACAACAGCCGAAGCUCUGGCCCACGGCGACGCAGGCGCACUUAUCCUCGUGGGCAAAUCGCAAGAUGUCGCGAAACCAGUCAUGGAAGGAAUAAACCGCAAGUUCCCCAAGGUGAAGCUGAUAUUCAUCACGGCCGAUUUCACCCGGCUUGACAGCGUGCGCAGCGCGGCGGAGACGAUCCGACGACUCGAAACCCCCAUCGACGGGAUCGUGGUGACCCCAAGCCUGAUGGCUGUGCCGUGGAAGCAGACCGUGGAUGCGAUGGAGUCGCAUUUCCAGGUUAAUUAUCUGGCGCAUUUCCUUUUGGUGAACUUGUUGGUUCCUUGCAUGUCCCCGGGGGGCACUGUUGUCAUGGUUAGCACCAGUAUUCGACCGGAAACUGGGGCUCCGGGGUAUGAGGAUAUUAAUUUCUCGAAUGGCCGUGUCUAUGAUCCACUCGAUGCAUACGCACAGUCUAUGUUCGCCAAUAUCCAGUUCGCCAAAUCCCUGGCGAAAUCCUGUGCCGGGCGUUCGCUCACAGCAUUUUCUAUUAACCCAGGGAAUAUCAGGACCAACCUGCUGACAUGCGUCUCGCCAGACCAAGUCUCGACAUGGCUCCGGAAGAAGAGAGAUGCCGGACAGGAACAACCGUUGCUUUUACAACAAGUACCCAAAUCCCUACCGCAGGCUAGCGCGACUGUUCUCCGAGCGCUUCUGGAUCCGAUUCUUGAAGGCCAGUCGGGCGCAUUCCUCGAUAACUGCCAGGUUCUCGCAUUGCCAAAUAUGGACUUUCCUGCGGGGGAAUCGAGUGCAAAGAGACUGUGGGAGUUGAGUGAGGAGCUGGUCGGGGAGGUGUUCAAAUGGUCCUAG